AUGGCGUUUGAAGGAAACCAAGAUCACGCUCUGAGCGCAAGCGAGAGGAGUGUCGCUGGAACGUAUCCCUCUGUCAACUCCGGACCUGCUUCCUUUUUGCCUUUCGAUUCCUCUGCGCAUGAACGCCCCGCGCCUUCUACGACGGGUGCUGUUUGUCCCCCUGCAUCCGUUCUUCCGCGUUCGCCACAGCCACUCACCAUCCCUCCACUGGUCUCUGCGUCGCUUGAUGUGCGCGCACCUUGUUCCUUCUCCUUCUGGCUGUUCGACGACGGAGAGGAAGCGGAGUCGGAAGAGGUUGAAACAGAAAAGCCAAGGUGCCCUCGCGGUUGCGACUGGCCAGGAGAGGGAGACUGGGAGAGAGACGUCACAUGUGAGAAAGGCUGGAACUCUGGAUUCGACUCCACACCCAGCCCAGAGCCGCCAGUGGCUUCUCAUCUCGAUCCUGUGUCCAUAGAACGCCUUCCGUCAAGCGAAGUCCUUUCAGCUGUCUCUUCGCCUUUCCCCGCCUCCGUUCGCCCAUUGCCUGGAGGGCAACGAGCAGCCGAAGGGGCUCUUGCAGCCAGCGGAGAUGACGGGACCUCUUCGAGCGGCUCGCUCACUCAACUCUCCCCUUGUCAACCCGAGCGACUUGCCGACCCUCACUCCGUUUCUUCGCAUCCCCCGCGCGCCUCCCGUGUACCUACAGCGGAGGACAAUGCAUGCAGCCAGGGCUUGGCACGCAGGCCUCGAGGGCCAGAUCCGGCAACCGCACAGUCGGACAGAGACUCGGCGCUUGCAUGCGGAGACGAAAGGGAGACACGAGAAGAAGGCCACAGCACCAGACGGAGACGAGAAGAAGCAGAGGUACUCUCUCCACUGUCGCCGGCGCCGUCAUGGGAGAUAAGUGUCUCCAGAGACAGUCCAUCGUGGUCAAGAGGCAAUCCUUCGAGACUUGCUGGGUCUCAGACGUCUUCGUCCUCUGUCGCGUUCUCGGCUCCUCCUUCCUCUUCUCUUUCUAUAGCUUCUCGUCCCCCCUCCUCUUCAUCUGCUGUCUCCUCCUCCUCGGCGUCGUCGUCUCUUCCCCAUUCUUUCUCUCUGCCUCCCGCCUCCUUCCACGCUCUAAUUCCACAACCGCAUUGCCGUCAUCGACCCACACUCGCCUCACCAUCUCCAGACUUGGCAGACAGUUGCGGCUCCUCCUCGAGUUUCUCCUCUCUAUCGACCGCCUCAGCCUCGCAUCCACCUCCCUCUCGCACAGGCGUAUCACAGCCUUCUUCAAAUUGCCCCGGCCAGCCCUCGCCUCUUCCGCCGUCUGCUGGGCAACCAGUGUCGCCUCAGUCGGCGUUGCUGCCUGCUCCUCGGUCCAAGAUUAACGCUGGACAACCAGGCAAGCCUCGAGCUUCUCAGCCUCGCACGGUCCACCCGGUGGCGCGGCACUGGCGCCUCGUGUGUCUGCGGGGGUAUCCGUUCUCCACUUCGGAGAGUUUCCGCGUGCUUCUCUCUCCGUCGAACCUCGUGGUGGUCGAGCUCCAGCUGCCUCACCAAACGACGACUUUUACGGACUACGAAACCCUGCGAGUCUCCUUGUCGUCCAAGCAGCCGGUGACACCGAGACUCUGGACGCACAUCGCCGUCUCUAUCGGCCUGCCGCCGACUUCGGUCAAACUCUUCGUCGACGGAAAGGAAGCCGCCAAACGCGCUGUCACCGGACGGUGUUCGCUCUGCUACGGCCCGCUGCCCUUCUGGCUUCCACCGCUCUCCUGUGUAGGUCCAUCCGACGAGCUCGCGGCCGAAGAGGAGAGCGAAGACGAAACUUCAGAUCAAUACGACAGCGGCGCCGAGAGGCAAACUCGAGCAGGAAGGGAGCGCCAGGGAGGAAGAGAGGGGGAAGGCGAGCGAGAGGAAGGAAGAGAGGGGGAAGACGACGAGGGAGAGGGCAGAGACGAGGCCGAGGGACCGCGUGCGAUCAACACUGGGAGACGACAAGAGUCAGGAAGGAACAUGUCUCUUGGUAAUCGAAGACGAAGAGGACUGCAGCGUCGGUGGCACAUGCAGCAGAGGCCACUGGUUCCUGAAGAGAGCUUCGACAACGACGUUACCGAGGAGACAGACGCACUCGGCGAAAGAGGACUCAAGAGCCGAGGGAUAGGCAUGAGGGGAUGUCUUGCAGACUUUAGGGUCUACUUCCGAGAGCUGAGUCAGGAUGAGGUGAAGGAACUUGUAAAGUCGUGCGAUACGCAGUUCGAGAGAGAGUACCUGGAGUUUUGCGAAGGCCAAAGAUGGAGAGCCUCGGCAGGAAGUUCCAGCAACCAGAUAUCGGGCGACGAUGGACGAGAGAGAGAGUUGAGAAGGCUGACACAUGCGGUCCAGAACGAAGCGGUUUCUCGAACUUCUCCUUCCGAUAUCUCGCUUCAUGGAGUCUCGCGAUGCGCGCGGAGUCUUGAUUAUACUGAAGGAGAUAGGCAGGCACACUUCAGCUCUCUUUUGUCUACUCCUUCAGAGAGCGUUCACUUGAAUCGUCGGGUCUCUGCUGUCGAUGCGCCUGCCGAGCCAGUCCGUGCGACCACGACCCUCGCACCGCCGCAUCGGCCUUAUUCUUCUACCUCUCAUAGCGCACCUUUGGCCGCAUGCGCCAGUUCCUCUUUUUCCCCGUCGCCCCUUCAUUCUUUGUCUUCCCAGCCUUCGUCUCCUCCACUUCAUCCUCCGUCUCCUCCUCCCGUUUCUCCCCAGCCCUCAUCUCUUCUUCUGUCUUCCUCGCCUCCUGAUUCUUCUUCUCUUUGCCCUUCUUUGUUCUCUGCUGAUCCAUUCCUUGCUGCGUCUCUUGCUUCUUCUUCUUCGUCUUCGUUUUCCUCUCAGCCGUCUUCGUUUUUUGCUCCUCUUCUUUCAUCUUCGUCCUUCUCUUCUCAUCCGUCGUCUGCUGCAUCUGUUGCUUCUUCUUUCCCUGCGUCCACCUCUUUGACCGGCUCGGCAGGGGGACAUGCGUGUCUUUCUGCUGGGAGCCUGGGGCCGCACCAUUCGCCAGAAGCAGACAGGCGAGCAGAAGGCGAGGACGCGUUGGGGAGAGCGAGCAGUGGAGUCAGUGAUCGAGGCGACGAAGACCUGGCCCCAGGCUCACGUCACCCUCAUCAGGUCCUCUCCUUUCCCUCCCGCCGUCGUGACAGAGACAUUUUCUGGGGAGCUAACGAAGCUGACCUCGAGGCAGGCGUCAUGAGCCUCGUGACCCGGCGGGUGUGGGUCACUCCAGGAGGCUCGGAUGGAAACACAAGAGAGACGAAUCCUUCCGAAGAGGCGACAGGUUCCUCUGACUCAUCUCGCCGGUCUUGGAGAGGAGAAAGGAACUGGGAUCUCUGGGAGAGUCUGCGCCGGGCUGUCGGAGUCGAUCCGCUGCUUGUCGUGUGGCAACGGCAGGACAGAGAGCGCAAGGCGACACUAGGGAAACCUGGAUCCGGCAUGUACAGCACCACAGGACGCGACACCAGGAAAGAAGAGGAAGGUGGAGAACAAGGUGAAGACCGCUUGCGUGAAUCAGGAGAUGAACACGAACUUGAAGGACUCGAUGCUGCAGACAAUGAAACGAAAGGGGAAGAAGCAGGCGUGACAACAGGAGCGACGAAAAAUAAGAGCGUUCCACUGCAAAGCGCUCAACACCCGAAUCCAGAUAACUCAGAGUGCGCUGGGGCGUCUGUCGAUCCCGCCACGGAGGCAGAUUGGUGUCUGACGAUUCCGAGUGCUCGAUGGGUCCUCAACGAGCGCAUUUGGGCCUACAUCGUUCUCUGUGUGAACGGCCAACUAAGCGAGGCGGAGAGUCUGUUGUCGCUUUCUUAUCCGUCGCCUCCAGCUGCUUCGUUCUCUCCCGAGAGGCCUCUGGCGCCCUUGCGAACCGCUGACUCGGCGUCUGCGAACUCAUCCUCCUCUGGGGAACGUCACGCGGACUUGGGAGACUUCGAUCGCAUUCAGACAUUUCGGCAGACGUUCUCUCUUGCGUUCGUGGAACAGCAGGCUGGUCUGCUCUACGAGCUGCUCUCGGCCGGGUCGAGGGAACGGAGACGGAGCGAAGCGGGGGAAGGCGACGAGAUUUGUCGUGAAGCUUCGGUAGCCGGUUCCUUCGACGCAAUCUACCUCGAGCCAGCUCUGCAGCUGUCCAGAGCCUGGAUGCAGUUGCUGCUUUCCACUCUCCACUGCGUUGCCGCCUUCGCCCCUUGGCCCUCGCAGUUCGGAGUUCUGCUCUCGAACUUCCGCUAUCUCCUUCCUCACACCUUGAAGCAGUGGAUUUUCCAUCUCUCGCUCUCCAUGACGGAAGACGCAGCAGCCGACGGCCGCAUCCGUGUUGUGAUCAACCGCGCGAAAGCGCUGAAGGCUGCUGAGGGCAGGACUGCCUCUCCACACCAACGCUCGUCUUUCUCUUACGCUUCCUCCUCUUCCUCGUUCCCAACCUCUUCUUCUGUCUCGGGGGAAAGACAAGAAGACGACUGCACUCGCAGUGCUGAUGACCCUCCGGAGGGAGGAUCCCCCGCGACUCACGCCGCAUGGCUGCGCGACUUCCACACCGUCUUCGGUCAGCUGUACAGACAGCUCAGUGACGUAUCGCCGAAGCGUCUGAGGUCGCAUGGGCGGGCGUGGUAUGUGUUGUACGAUGGAGAAGGCGGGAUCGAUGCGGGAGGCAUUUACAGAGAUUCUCUUGCCCACAUUGCUCAGGAACUCCAGUCGCCGUUCAGUCCCUUGUUCAUGCCGUGCUCCAACAGCCGUGGCUUCGGUGACAACCAAGACCGAUGGGUGCCAUCGCCGCGGUGCGUCUCCCCCUCGCACCUGUCCAUGUUUCGCUUUCUUGGACGCCUCAUGGGGGUGGCCGUUCGCGGGCGCCUCUGCCUCGACCUCAACCUUUCGGGGGCGCUCUGGAAGCCUGUCGUCGGACUGAGCGUCGGAGCUCAAGACCUGGAGGCCGUCGACGCUCUCUGCGUGCAAAUGCUUCAAACGGUUUGUCAGCUUCACAGCUCGCAGGGGGCGCCUGAGCGCUUCACCGAAGAAUUUCCCUUGUUUUGGCACACAACCCUUUCAGAUGGCCGCGUAGAGGAGCUGCGAGUCGGAGGCAAAGAUCUCCCUGUGCGAUGGGAGGAACGCGCAGACUAUGCACGACGAACGGUCGCUUGUCGCCUCGAAGAAAGCAGAGAACAGGUGGCGGAGAUCCGAAAAGGGAUUGGAGACGUCAUUCCCCUCCAGUUCGUGAAUUUGCUUUGCCCCUCCGAGAUGGAGCGCAUGGUCUGUGGUUCUGCUGAGAUCGACCUCGAUCUGCUCAAGGCGCAUACGCGCUACACCGGCUUCCUGCCUACCGACCCAGUCAUCAUCUGGUUUUGGGAAGUUCUCUUUUCAUUUUCGACCCGCGAACGUCAGAAGUUUCUGCGAUUUGUCUGGGGGCGAUCUCGCCUGCCGCCGGCGAGGGCUGCCUGGGAGCAAGACAUGGAAGUUGCGAGAAAACACACGACAGGACGGACAGCUGCAGCGCCGACAGAAGGCGUCGAUUUCCCACCGCAGGCGAUUUCCCCGCCGGCGUCUUCUGAUGCUUCGUCCCUCACUUCUCCCCAAGUUGAAUCGCAGAGUGUCGCGCUUCACACCGCCUCCCCAGACACGCUUCACGUCCAAGAGGGAGAGCUGCGGCGAGCAGAAGGCUUGUCGGCGAACGCUUCGUCUUCCUCGGGGAUGGACGAUUCACGAUCUGUGCGCUUCAGGGAAGAAGGCGAAUCUCGACUCGCAGGGAGUGGUGAACGGCGAACGCCUGUGCCAUUCGCUGCUCGACCAGAAGACCUCCAGCUGCCUGCGUCGCACACCUGCUUCUUCCAGAUUGAACUCCCUUGCUACUCCAGAAAAGAAAUUCUCCGCGAAAAGUUGCUCUAUGCCAUCACAGAAGGGAUCGCCAUCGACGCCGACAACAUGGCGGACAGCGCUGCGUGGCAGUGAAAGCCACGACGGGAGAAUCGAUGGCAACCAAGAGAGAAGAAGGCGGAGAAAGGAUCGAAGCGCGUAACUGAGAUCCCUCAAAAGAAAGCAAAGAAAAUGCAAAGACGUGGACACUGGUGAAGCUUCUCAAAACACAUUCUGGAAAGGAAGAGGGGGAAACGAAAGAGACAAGCGAAACAGGAAAACAGAAACAUAUUGUCACUGUUAAUCCUGAAAACAGCAUAGCGCCAGUCGCGUAGAGAAG